AUGCCGCCAGCCACGACUGCCGUUCCUACUGCUCUCCAGUCUGUCUGGAGAGUAUCUAUAACAUCGAAUAAGGGGUUUGAGUCCCCUAGUCGACUCGCAAGCAGCUCGAAUAGUCGUAGCCAAAGCGUCUUCGACGACGACUACGACGAUGAGGAAAGCGAGCUUGACGGCUCUCCUCUACCAUUUACACCGAUAACUACGAAUUCUACGAUUAUUACGACUCAACAGACACCGAUAAGGAAGCGGAAAAGGGGGCAAGAGGUGGAUAUACAAGAUGAUAACGGGGGACGCCGGCCGGCGCUGUCAAACCAGGAACAUAUCAUACUCUUGAAGAUCUGUAUGCGGUUAUCACAUACAUACCGGACAUCUGAAGCAGCAACGUUCUUUCGGAACGUUACUGCUGAUUGGCAGUUGGAAUCCGGGAAGGAGCAUGAUACUCUUCGUCGGGUACUACGGAGGAGUAUUACUGCCCGCCGGAAAUACCUUGCUGAGCUUGGAACCGGCGAGCAAGAUGGGAGGACGGAGCGACAGUUAUACGAGGACAGCUGGAUUGCUGUCCUUGAUGCUGAAGCUACAGUUAUACAGCAGCGGAGGGAACAUCGAGGAGCUAUUGGAGCAAAGACUGAAGCAAGCGUUCGGGCCCGCGCUUCGCUCCUUACUGCGAUGAAAGAGAAGCGGGUUAUCAACCCCCCUUUACCAUCACCCCGGAACCGUAUACCAACUCUCCAAGUGCAGGAGUUAGCUGGUAGUGAAGCAAACGAUGCUAUCACUAUUGGUGACGACGAUGACGACCAACUCCAGCCCUACGCCUCCUCCUACGCCUCCUCUUUUUCUCCGCCACCAUCCUCCUCCUCAUCCUCGUCUCGUCAGCCUCGAAAGCGCCAAGCUACUACACUUGACGAGGAUGAGGUAUUCCAUGACCGUGAAGAGCGCCGUGACGAGCGCUUCUUCUCAGUUAUGGAAAACUUCUCGAAGGCAGUUGUAGAACCGCCUUCACAAGUGAUAACUACCCCUCACGAUAUCGAGGGGCAGUUAGAAGCACGCCUCCAGCAACAGGAGAAGCGUAUUCAAGCUGGAAUUGCUGCCCAGCUUGAAGACUUACGAAAAGAACAGAUGGUGAUGUUCUCUUCGUUUAUGCAGCAGAUACGACAGAGAGAAGGGAGAGAGGAAGCAGGGUAG